AUGUCGUAUCCUUACCCAAUUCCAGCCACUCCGCGAGUCAUUUCUCCUUCUCCCACCCCUUCCGAGGCCUCCGACCGACAGGACUCCUAUUUUGCACCAGUCACCAGAUCAGCUGCGAAAUCCCAGAGACAAAAGUCUCCUCACCAAGAACCUAUACACGAAGAGAGAGAUGGUUCAGGCUCAGACUCGAGCCUUGAGAAGAGGGCUAGAACGAGGUCAAGAAGCCCAAUACUAUCUCAAGCUGUUCAAAUGAAUGGCACCACCAGCAAAAGAAGACGCAUGAGCGGCCUCACCUCCAAGAAUCCUGUCACAAAAUCAGAACCUCUCACAAAUGGCGCUGCACUUGUCCCUCAGUCCAAUGGACAUCUCUCUCCCUACGAUCGAGUCAAGAAAUCAUGGCGAGAAUUUUCUCGAUCACCCUCCCCACUUGGGCUGAUCCCUCUCCACCGGCACUACCGCACGCUCAUUCACAAACAUGAAAUUCCUCGCAAGGUACUGCACGUCUCCAUCGGUUUCUUUACAUUGCGAUUUUACACGCAUGGCAUUCAAGCAACUGCCAUUACACCAUGGCUAUUGGGAGCAUUGGCCAUCAUUGGGCCGACUGAUAUCCUACGCCACCACUCCGAUCGAUUUAACCGGUUCUACAUUCGCGUGCUGGGUGCAUUGAUGCGUGAAACCGAGGUUGAAGGCUACAACGGCGUUAUUUGGUAUUUGGUUGGCGCGGUCAUCGCUCUACAAUUUUAUCCGAAAGAUAUUGGAGUCAUGUCUAUCCUUCUUUUGUCCUGGUGUGAUACCGCUGCGAGUACAUUCGGCCGACUAUACGGUCGCUACACGAUUCGGUUGCGUAGAGGAAAGUCUUUGGCUGGAUCUCUUGCAGCUUUUGCCACAGGUGCGCUAGUAGCAGCUUUCUUCUGGGGCUGGCUUGCACCGAGAACAGGUCCAUUUCCGGACGAUCCCGUCAACGGAUUCAUGUUCCAGAAUCGACUGUCCCUACCUUCUCAGGCCAAAGUCUUCCUCGGUUGGGAGGCUAAUCAAGGGAUGAUUGUGGGAAACUUAGCACUCACGAUUAUGAGCUUGUGCACUGGCCUAAUCGCCAGUCUUUCCGAACUGAUUGAUAUGUGGGGAUGGGACGACAACCUCACAAUUCCUCUAUUGAGCAGUGCAGGACUAUGGGCGUUUCUGAGAGUCUUUGGAUAA